CCACGGUUUGGUUUGAUGACUGAUGUUCUCAUGUGACCAUUUACAAAACAUUCACCCACACACACACUGAAGCUCUUAUCGCCGACACCCACACACAUAUUCCUCCUGUCCUCUAUCUCUCUAUCCAUAUGUCCGUCUGUCUGCUUUCCAUUCUGCUUGAACUAUUUUGUAUGCGGUUUUUGUCUGUUUCGGAAUUAAGGAUGAUAAAAAAGAAGGUAUAUAGUGUUUCUUUUCUUUUCUAUCCCCCUUUCCUAUAUCCACUUUGGCAUGGCAUUUUAUAUUGCAUGAGCAGGCGUUUUCAGACCCAGACUCCCAAGUCCGUUUGCGUGCCUGUAUGCUGCUUUGCUUUGCUUUGCUUGCUCUAUUGCUUUAUUGAGGGUGGGUUGCUGGUUGGUUGGUUGGUUGCUGGGCUGGCUAGAUCGUUAUUAAGUACCUAGAAAGUUAGUUCGAUUGAUUUGGUUGGUUAAAAGCGGGUGAGGGGGGUGGUGUGGUGGAAGUAGGUAGAUAGGUACGUAGAAGAGAACAAAGGUUAUUAGGAUAGACAGA